CACUAGGCUAUACAGGCCUAUCUAUGGCGCAGAUCGCCCCAUAUGAAUGGUCCUGAAACAAAAAUGAUUUCUGAAAUGGGUCACCAUAGCUUAGAACAGCGAGGAGGAUAAGCACUGUGGUAGAGAGAAGUUUGUUUGCUUGGUUCAUAAGCAUUUCAGAGUUUCAAAUCCCUCCAAUCUCACCACAAUGUUCAGGAAACAGUUUGUGAACAGGCUCUACAAUGUGGGUGCAGCAACAUGCCAUGAAUUCGUUAGGCUUUUUUCCACUCAACCAGGGCAAAGGCUGGAAGGGAAAGUGGCUUUGAUAACAGGAGCAGCCAGUGGCAUAGGAAAGGCCACUGCAACAGAAUUUGCUCAGAAUGGCGCCAAAGUAAUAAUUGCCGACAUUCAGGAUGAGGUGGGCAAGGAAGCGGCCAGACAACUAGGACCCACUGCAGACUUCAUUCACUGUGAUGUGACCCAAGAAAGCCACGUGGCAGAGGCUGUAGCCUACGCAGUCUCAAAGCACGGCCACCUGGACAUCAUGUACAACAAUGCUGGCGUACCAGGACCAAUUGUGGCAAGCAUAGCUGACGUGGACCUCAGUGACUUGGACUAUGUCAUGAAGAUAAAUGUGCGAGGCGCCAUCAUAGGCAUGAAGCACGCAGCCAGAGCCAUGGUGCCACGUAAGCAAGGCUGCAUACUUUGCACCGCCAGCAUAGCAGGGCUUAUUGGUGGUGUUGCACCCCAUCCUUACUCCAUUUCCAAAUUUGCCAUUCCAGGGCUGGUGAAAUCUGUGGCCAGCGAGCUGAGUCAGCAUGGCAUACGUGUCAAUUGCAUCUCGCCUUACGCCAUUGCAACCCCUUUCGCAUUGGAGGGGCUCCGCCAGCUGUUCCCACAGACCUCUGAGGAGGAGUUGGCCAUGUUUUUGGACUACUGUGGAGAGAUGAAAGGGGUGAGAUGUGAGGUGAAGGACAUUGCAAGAGCAGCCCUGUAUCUUGCCUCAGAUGAUGGGAGAUACAUUACUGGCCAUAAUUUGGUUGUUGAUGGUGGUUUCUCUGUUAUGAAAUCCUUUCGCCUUCCAACUUAAAAAUGUGAAUUUUUUCUGUGAUGGUGGUUUUUCUACCAUGAAAUCCUUUUGCCUUUCAACUUAAAAAUGUGAUUUUUUUAGUUAUGGAUGUUGUUUCUGAUUUGAUUGUGUGUAAUUUUCGCAUCAACAUCUUACUUCCAAUCACAUCAACAUCUUAUUUCAGAUCACA